AUUCGAUCCGAACAGCUUUGAAUACUUCCAAUUGCGAUUCAUCAAUAUGUUGGGUAAUACGUGUGGGUUUUCGUUUUUGGUGAUCGUCGUGGCAGCAGUAAGCACUGAUCGUAUUUGAAUUGCAGCGAUCCUGGAGCUGUCAGUUACGUUUUUUUAGUACACUCUACGAAUACGUAGGUAAGGUUGAAUAUAGUCUGCGGAUGUAGGUUUACAACAGAUCUAUCUACCUUCUGUGUGUGUCGGUUUUGAGGUGAGUCUGAAAUGGUAAAAGGCUGCGAGAGCCAAACAUGUCAAGGAAACGGUUCAGACCAAUUUUAAGACUGUAAGGAAAACAGACUGCAUUUUUUUGAACACACAACAAACCACUGUUGCUACAUAUUUUUUUCUUCCUCCUCCUUUUUUUUUUAUUCUUUCCUUCUUCAGUUUAGUGAUUAGUGUAAGAAGUUUCGUGGAUGUGGAUUGUGGUAACAUACAAUGAGAGUUUUAUCAAACUAAAGUGAUUGCUGAACAGAGUGAUUUCCUACAAGUAACAAUUUUAUUUAUAUUUGAGUGAGUGAGUCUUAUCGGAUUAGGAAAAAAUGGCACAGGCAAACAAGAGAUCUUGGAAACUACAAGAUUUAGUUGCUCACAAUGCUAACGUUAAUUGCCUUGCAUUGGGGCACAAAUCUGGAAGAGUUAUGGUUACUGGUGGAGAUGACAAGAAGGUUAAUUUAUGGGCUAUUGGGAAGCAGAGUUGUUUCAUGAGUCUAAGUGGACACAGUACACCAAUUGAUUGUGUACAGUUCAAUCACAAUGAGGAGCUUGUUUGUGCUGGAUCACGAACUGGUGCUUUGAAAGUAUGGGAUCUGGAGGCUGCAAAAUUAGUGAGGACCAUGACUGGCCAUACAGAUGCAAUCAGAACUGUGAAUUUUCAUCCGUAUGGUGACUUCUUAGCUUCUGGAAGUACGGAUUGUGCAAUCCGGAUUUGGGACAGCAGGAAGAAGGGGUGCAUUGCCACCUACAAUGGCCACAAGGAUAAAGUUAAUAGUAUUAAGUUUAGUCCGCACGGCCAGUGGAUUGCUUCUGGUGGAGAUGAUUGUGCAGUCAAGAUCUGGGACACUCGGAUGGGGAAAGUGUUGAAGAUGUUUAUGUACCAUACGAAUUCUGUGAAUUGUGUUGAGUUUCAUCCACGCGAAUUCCUAUUGGCCACAGGGAGCAGUGAUGGAUCUGUGCAUCUUUAUGAUUUGGAGAACUACAAUUUAGUGUCCAGUGAACGUGAAAUGGGCUCUGUCAGAUCACUGUGGUUCAAUCCCAAUGGGGAGUGCUUGUUUGCUGGGGUCAGGGACUAUCUCAAAGUGGUUGGAUGGGAACCCACCAGACUGUAUGACUCUGUUUGCAUCAAUUGGGGGAGGAUUAGUGAUAUUUCAACUGCUCAGAAUCAAUUGGUUGGUGCAUCGUUCCAUUUGACGAAUGUGAUGGUGUACGUCGCGGAUUUGAACAAGAUUCAACCGUUCGGCGGUCCUUCGACCUUUGCGGAGAGUCCGAGUCCGUUCAAUCCGAAUCAGAGCAUCAGGAAGAGCUUCUCGAGGGCGGAAAGACCGGUCGGUCUGAGGAACCGGACCACCUUGGACGUCAGGACCAUCGAGGAGAGCACUUCCGGUACGGAUCCGGAAGAGGAAAGCUCGGCGGCGCACAUCACAAAUCGCAUCGACUACGAGGAGAUAUUCAAAGGACGCGCAAUUGCAAGGACCCCACCUCCGGACCCGGAGCCGUUCUUAGAGCCAGCACCGCCGGUACUUGAUUACACAGUUGAUCCAACGCAGCCGCAGGUUUUGGGAGAGUGCAUGGAUAAGAGUUUUGAGGCGCUUUCACUUGACCACAGCGUGAACUAUCGCCAGGCGUCUCCUCCCUCAACACCCUCAACACCUUCAACCCUAAACACCACCUACGCCAGGUCAAAAUCCAACUUGGAUCAGGUGUACAACAGGAACUCAAAGUUGGAGCCCAAACCACCGCUGCAGGUCAAAGUGCAGCCGUCAACAAAAUUCGGAUUGCAGAGGCAAAGCAGCUGCAAGGAGAGUGGAGAUAAGCCAGGAGCUCUGAAAUCUUCAGGCAACAUCAGACACAGUGUAUCCGAUGUUAAUCUCAAUAAGAACUUGUCAGCGCGCAAUAAUAAUUCGCGCAAGAACUCCUUCUCGAAACCCACCGUUAAAAUCACUGCGAGUGUCCCGAACGUUUCAAAAAUACCGCGCAACAACGAGAGACCUCUUAGGCCAGUGCAAAUCACCCCCGUGGACGUUUAUGUUAGCCCUAAGAUCAGCCCCGACGAUGAGAUCUCGACUGAGAACCAGUUCAUUCCUAUAUCCAUUGACAAACCCGUCGGACUGCCAGUCGACGAUUUUCUACCUACGCAACAUAGUUAUAGACACCAGCAACAGCUGCCCGACAUGUCUGAAACGGAGGUGCUGGGCGUUAUCCUCAAGAAGCACGACCCAAUGCUUUCAGUACUGAUCACGAGGCAGCGGAAUCUCAAAAUUGUCUUCGCUCAAUACAAGAAUAAGGACAUAAAGGCCGCUUUGGAGGCGGCUUUAAUGAUCAAAGACCAAUCGGUGAUUAUCGAUCUUUUGACAGUGUUAAACACGAAAUAUAGCCUAUGGAACUUGGAUUUGUGCGUGCUGAUGCUGCCCAAAAUAGAGGAGCUGCUACAAAGCAAAUACGAAACGUGAGUAUUUCUCAUCAAAUUUUUCGUAAUUCAAU